AUGAUAUCUAUUCUUGCCGCUUCUGCUCUUGUUCUUGCGUCUGCAGCGUCUGCCGCCGUUCACAAUGUCGUCGUAGGCAGCGCGAAUGCGGAUCAAAUCUACACCCCUAGCUUCCUUUCUGCCUCAGUUGGGGAUCAGAUUACUUUCCAGUUCAAACAGGCGAACCACACGGCGACUCAGUCCUCGUUUAAUGACCCAUGCCACAAGACCAGCGGUGGAUUCGACUCAGGGUUUAUGUUCGUGCCCUCGAACCAGACCGAUAACUUCCCGACCUACACGAUCACCGUUAACAACACUACGCCGAUUUGGGUCUACUGCCGACAAGCAGACGACACGCCCAAGAGCCACUGCGGCAACGGCAUGGUUUUCGCCGUGAAUCCAGGCGCGAACGGCACGUCCAACUCGUUCGCGAACUACCUCGACAAAGCCCUCGCCGAAGGCGCAGCCUUCAAGUCUUCCGCGAGUGCUUCCGCUACCGCAUCUUCUGUGUCCGGCCCUUGGACCACCGCUGCGUACGGCAGCGUCACGAUCCCCGCCGCUCCGAGCGUGUCGGUCGUGACGGAGACGGUCACGGUCCAGGCGUCGUCCUGGGUGACCACGUAUUCGUCGUACCCCGGCUCACCCGCCGCGACGCCCGUGUCGCUCCAGGGUGCCACACACAAGAUCGUUGUUGGCGGCUCGAACGGACAGCUGACGUUCAGCCCCUCGAACAUCACUGCUGAGCCGCGCGACACGGUCGUCUUCGAGUUCCACCAGAAGAACCACACUGCGACCCAGUCAUCCUUUGCUGAUCCGUGCCGUCCGUUGACCAACGCUACCACUGGCCAGGUGACCGCCAUUGACUCUGGAUUCAUGCCCGUCUCUGACAACGCGACCGAUUUCCCUACCUUCAACGUCACCGUCAACGACACCUCCCCGACCUGGUUCUACUGCAAGCAGCACCUGCCAACCGGCGCCAGCCACUGCGGGAUGGGCAUGGUCUUCGCCAUCAACGCCGUCGCCGACAGCGCCCGCAGCUUCGCCGCGUUCCAGCAGCUCGCCAUCCAGCUGAACGGCACAGGCUCGGCGUCUGCAUCGGCGUCAGGCACGGGAGCCAGCCCAUCUAGCACGGGUGCCAAUGGUGCUGGCUCGAUCGCUGUUAAUGCUUUGCUCGGGCUCGGGUCCGUCGCUAUGAUCAUGACAUUCCUCGUGUAA